AUGGAGCUGAAUACGUCGCUCGUCGAGUCGCCCGGUGGGAAACCUGGUCAUGCACAAGGCAAAUCGAUAACAGCUUUACUCGAACGUAACUUCGGUUCGAAUACGCAGAGCAGUCUGGAGGACAAGAAUGCGACAUGCACUUUGCGACGCGCCCACACAGUGGCACAGGGAAAGAACGUGGGUGAGAAAACAAAAGUGGGCUCGAAGACAGCAAGGGAGAGAAUAGCAACCUCGUUUCUACGGGUGAAGGAUAGCCAUGAAUUGCUUCGGAAGCGUUCCUCUAAACGACUUGACGCCCCGGCCUCUCCACGUGAUACGCCUGCAGCAGCGAGGGAACCGAACCAUUUCACGGUUGGAAAUGUUGGUCAGAAUGGAAAGAUUUUCCUGAGACCGAUUCGUAACCAGUCUCUCAAGGAACCUCGUCCGCAGCCCUUUGCUCCGUCCGUCGACCAAUCUAAAGGCGAGCACGUCCACUCGCGCGGACUCGAUGCUCAUGGAGUGGACGAACCUUCGCGGUGGUCCAAUUCGCAGCUCUCGGAGCUGCGCCCGGAACUCAUACCUGAAGAAACGUGCGACGACGGUCAGUCGAUCAAAACAGAAUCGACGCGAUCUGGACCAUAUCGUUCCCUCCGCCGUCCGCGUCCCAGAGCGCGCUCUUUUUCAACAAUCUCGGAGCAGGGAUCAACCUUUCGUGCAGGAGCCAACGGGGAAUUCCGUAUCUUCAUUGAUCGACCGGAGGACCGACCCAAGUCUGCAGAUGGAUCUUUACGCCCAACCCUGGGGACCUCCAUACCUCAUUACGGCUGGGACUUUUCCUAUUAUGGUGCCGAUGGAAGCACUCCCCUGUACAAUUCUAUAUACUCGAGGGCCUCAUUAUCCGACAACUUUCUCGCCGCGCGCUUCUUGCGGGAAAGUAUGAACCCUGGCCCGAUCUCUGAUGUUUAUUUUAGCCAACCAGAUAGGCCGUCCUUUGCCGCCUCAAUGUUCUCGGGAACACCUGCUAUAGAGUUAACCCGGGGCUCUACUGCCACCGACAAACCAAUUUUAUACGAGCUAAAGGAGCCCAUUGAGCCGUCCAUCUUCGAGAAUUUGGUUUUACAGAUGGAUGAUGAUACGGUGGUUCGGUAUGUUCCUCGUACCAAGGAUAUCAGCGCUGCUACCCCGGCCCGCAUCGUCGCCCAGAUAUCGUCCGAAUCUUUCAUGGAUUAUGAAUUGGUUUCGGAUUUCUUCCUCACCUUUCGUUCCUAUCUUUCCGCCAGCUCUCUCCUCGCUCUUUUGCUUGCACGUCUGCAAUGGGCGAUUAACCGCCUGCAAGACGAUGGGAGAAUCAUUCGUAUUCGCACGUUUGCAGCUCUUCGACAUUGGAUCUUGAAUUACUUUGUCGAUGAUUUCAUUCCCGACUAUGACCUUAGGGUUCGUUUCUGUGAAACGAUCAAUCGUAUGUAUGAUAAUGUCAAGGCUCGAGAAGGUGGUGGAACGAGUGAUUCAAAGAUUCUCAUCGACCUCAAACGAUGCUGGUAUGGAAGAUGUUCUGCCUACUGGGAUUUUCAGGACCAACACAUCGCAUAUCACACCCCUGACUACCUCAUUGUUCCGGGAGGUGAUGAACAGCUAGCGACAAGCUGUGCUGAAAGCCAACUGAGAAUGGUGCGUACUACAAGUGGCCAGGACCGUGAAGGCCGGCCUCGGCCACCACAUGUGCGGAAUGAUUCAUCAGCUACAGCCAAGAGUAUGCCAGUUUCGGCGGACAGUGACCGGAGUAUUCACGCAACGUCGUGUUCGCUACCACCUAAAUCUCCCAAACGCCUCUCGAUGGCAAUCAUGGACACCAAGGGCCCACAUCCAGUGCCUCUUGCGCCUUUGAAACCAGUGGGGUCCCUGCAGGAUCCCCCUACUUCUUCCCCAGUCACAUCGAGGCGCUUUCCCUUCCAUAGCCAUGCACAUAAGCGAAGUGGUAGCUUCUCAGAUUCUGCGCGGGACGGCAGAGCGCCUUUAUCUUUGCUCAAGCUCGACUCCCAAGGGAACCUCUCAGCCCCGGAUACCUUGAACCUCGGUAGCUUAAUACGCGGUGAGCUAUAUGCUCCGGCUGAGUCGUAUAUGACAAUGAUGGCCCCGCCGUCCCCCCCUCUGCCGUCGUCUUCUGGCACGGACCGGCGAAGCCAACCUGAGGAGACAACCAAGCCUGCUACUUCGAGUUCUGGCGUUAAGACGAUCAUUGGGUCGAUUCGCCGUGCUCUGAAUGGCAGAAAUGGGGGCCAAGGUACCUCUACGCGGAACACUAACGGGCCCUUCGCCCUGUCAACUCGAGGCAAAACGUCAGCUAUGCCAACAAAUGUCGCGUUUGGUUCGGAUUACUACCGAGACAGAAAGGCAGCGACCGCGGCCAAGAAACCGACGAGAAUCGAUAUCCUGUGUGAUAGGUCGUUGCAGCAGUAUCACCGUGCCCUUGCUGGGUAUGCCGAUGCCAAAGAAGUUGAUCCAGUUCAGGAGGCGGGUACUCUGCGGUCCAGAAGAUCCUGGCUCGCCGGCGUGGAUGUCGAUGAACUUGACCACCCGGUCCUUCGGCCUGACCAAGGUCGAGCUAAAAGCGUAUUAACGGGUGGCAGUAAAUCUAUCGUCAUCGUUGAUGACACUGGUCUGAGAAGUCCUCUCAUGUCGGGCGCCGUUGGUCUGGAACAACCCCCUGGCUUUCUGAACGGAGAGAAUUCAACCACUACCCCGAGAGCUGCUUCUUUCUAUCCUCAAUCCCAAAGAUCAACAGUUGCCGGCGAUCAAUAUACGUUGCCCAUAUAUUUUGACGACAUGGACUCUAGAUCGUUAAGCAGAGCCUCCCAGUCUCUCCGUCCGCCAGGCCUCUUUGCAUCACAAAGAUCUAGCUCUGUAGGGCGUGGAUCGACAUCCUGGAAAAGGACGUCACCAUCACUUCGUCUUCGCAAGUAUGCUUCUUUCCAGAGCGGAAUAUCAAGACAGCGUCUAGCAGUGGUCGCCGAGCCAGAUCUUCCGAGUCUAGACCAAGGCUCGCAGGGAAAUCUUGAGAAACCGGCUGGUCCGACACUUCGCAGACGGCCUGGUGGAGAUCUACGUCAGAUGCGAGAUGGCCUUGGCAGUCCAUUACGCUCACAUCCAGCGUCUUUUAUGUCAAAUACCACCUACCGAAGUUCUACCGCUGGUAGCGGAGCCACUUACACAACGGAUGUCCAUUCCAGGCCUCUAACCCAUUUAAUUCCUCCUAACCCCCGAUUCUCCCUUCUACAAACACAUUCAUCACAGGACCUAAGGCGGUCAUUUGAGGCAGCCAUCGCGCAGUUUGCGCAAAUCCCAGACGACGACGACGGGGGAGUCGAGUCAGCAUUGAUGAAGCUUGAAGGCAAAUGGACAGGAGGGUCCACUGACACUGCUGCCGAGCCACAGCAAAGCACCCAGGUUCAAGGUAGUGCACGUGAACAAGAGUUCUACGACACUCAUACUCGCGCGGUAUGGGACGCUGGGGUCCAUAGACGCCAAACCUUGGCCAGCGAAAGUUCGACUUAUUCGCACUUUCGAGGGCGCAGUGUUCCUCGCAGACCUUAUUCCGAGUCUCUCGCAGAGUCGGAAGACUCGUACAGCUCUAUACCUCUUCUUGAGCGUGGACUGAGCGAUGAAUCAAUGAAAAAGCCUAGUCAGAGCCGAACCAGUUCACAUCAAGCUGCGCCUGGUCGAGUCCAGCCGAGUGAUGCUUCAAGUAAAUACACAUGGGAUACAGAAUCAUCCCACCCUUCCUUCGAUAUCGUCAAGGAGAGCGAGAGUAUUAAGCGCAUUCCACGAGGGUCAACAUUCCCGGCACCUCACGGCUUCAGUCACCGUCUCUCUGGCCUUUCUGAAGAUUCAGCUGACUUAAUCGAUUCCCACGAGGCGGCCGAUCAACGGCUUUCAUUGUAUACUGACAGCAUGAGCCGAUCGUCGUUAGGUAUACCACGCCAUCCUCUCGCACACCCGCCCACUCCUCCAAUGACCAUACAACAUCGAUCUGUGGCCUCUUGUGCAUCCCCCUUGAAUCCUGCUCUUUUCCAGGCCCCACCCUUGACACCAGAUCCAUCUCCUAGUCGAAACAUCGAGCCAGUGCACGUUCGAGCAAUAGAUACACAACACGUCUCCAGCGAUGUUCUUUCUCGGUCAGAAUGGGACCGUCAACAUCAGUAUCCCGGACCUGACCAUGUGCCUUUCAUCCUCUCUUGUGAAUCUCAAACUCUCGCCCAACAGUUGACGAUAAUAGAAAUGGCUGCACUUAGUGAAAUCGACUGGAAGGAUCUUGUUGACAUGAGAUGGAGUAGCGGAUCUCCCUCGUCGGUGAGCUGGGUGCAAUUUCUCAUGGAAGAAGAGCGCCGGGGCAUCGAUCUUGUGGUGGGACGUUUCAACUUAAUGGUGAAAUGGAUUCUCUCUGAAAUCGUUCUCACACGCAAUAUCCAUGAGCGGGCUCGCACUAUAACCAAGUUCAUCCAUACGGCUGCACAUGCCAGACGCAUGUGUAAUUAUGCGACCAUGCUUCAGAUUGCUAUUGCGCUAUCUUCUACGGACUGCUCUCGGCUUCAAAAAACUUGGGGACUUGUGCCAUCUGAAGAUAGAGGUCUCUUGAAAGAUAUGGAAGUGCUUAUCCAGCCAGUGCGGAAUUUCCAUGACCUUCGUGUCGAAAUGGAAACAGCAAAUGUACAAGAGGGCUGCAUUCCCUUUGUUGGUUUGUAUGUACAUGACCUUACAUACAAUUCUCAGAAGCCGGCACAGGUUGCAGCCCAUGGCGGAGAGCCUUUGAUCAACUUCGAACGCUACCGCACGACCGCCAAGAUAGUGAAAAGUCUUCUUCGCUUGAUUGAUGCUAGUACUAAGUACACAUUCGCGCCGGUGCAGGGCAUUAUCGAACGCUGUCUUUGGAUUGCAUCGCUCUCGGAAGAAGAAAUCCAAACUCAUAGCAAGCAGCUUGAGUAA